GAUCUCGGGUUCCUCAACUGUGUGGCUGGCCUGGAUCAAUUCAUGACUCUCGAAUUCUUCAAAAUUCUCAACUUUGCCUUGCAUUUGAGUAAGGCAUUAUCGAUGUGGUCCUGUUGGGGGACCCUGGCUACCCUCUAAAAUCUUGGCGCCUUACUCCCUUCCUGAAUCCUACUACAUCUGCGCAGAGAAACUACAACGCCGCACACUGUUCAACUCGUAACACUGUGGAGCGGGCAUUUGGUGUACUGAAGAGGCGUUUCCAUUGUCUACAUGGGGAAUUGCGAAUGGCACCUGACAGAGUGUGUAACAUCAUCUGUGCUGACUGUUGUGCUGCAUAACAUAGCGAGGGAUCUCCGGCUACCUGACCCUGAAGGAGAGGAUAUCAGAGAUGACAAUCACAAUGAACUGGAGGACAGAGAACAUUCAGAGGAGCGGAAUGGAACUGGUCGAUAUUGGACAUGCAGCAUUUAAUGUGGUUGAUGCUGGUGAUCCUAUUGAUGGUGCAGUCUGUGGAGGGCUGUCCUGAUGUCUGUAAAUGCUACAGGAAGUCCGGUCCAGAUAAAUCAGAGGUCAACUGUCACAAGAGGGGACUUCGUGCCUUUCCCUCCGAACUACCCCCUGAUGCCUGGAUCCUCAAACUAGGUGAGAAUGGCAUCACAGACCUGAAGGCCAAUGCUCUGAGAUCAAUUCCAAAGAUUGAAAGUAUCAACCUGCAACGAAAUGCCAUCAAGUUCAUCCACACCACAGCUUUCUCGGGUGCAAAACAGUUGAUGCUUCUCAAUCUCUACGGCAACCACAUCACUGACCUUCCACUGAGAGGAUUCAAGGACCUCCUGAACCUUCGCUUCCUCAUGCUGGGACAGAACCAGAUUGGUGUCCUCAAACCCGAAAUGUUUGCCGGAAUGAGGAACUUGUCAGAUUUAGACCUGCCUCUCAACGCACUGACAACGCUCCCAUCUAACACCUUUAAGCCUCUGAUCGCCCUCAAAGUUCUGGACCUUUCUCUGAAUCGUAUCCAGAGAAUUUCUCCUAAGGCCUUCACUGGACUCGGACAGCUCAUGUUCCUCAACUUAGACAAUAACAGCCUGAAGAACAUUCCUGCUGGUGCAUUCCGACCGCUGCGAUCUCUGGAUAUGCUCGUUCUAGACAACAACCUUCUGUUCACAUUGAGCCCAUUAGCUUUGGAUGGCUUGGACAACUUGCAGGAGCUCUACCUGAGGAACAACGAGCUGGAGCACCUGCCACCUGAUGUAUUCAGGAAUAUAAGAAAGCUUUCUCAGUUGGCUCUUAGUGGAAACCGCCUGAAGACAGUGGAUGGAAACAUGUUCAACCAUAUGCCUGACUUGAAGAAGUUGUACCUCCAUGACAACCCGUGGCAGUGUGACUGUAACAUCAUCUCCUUGGUGCAUUGGAUGGGACAGACAAAGGCCACCCUCUCGCCUCGGGAUGCCCUGAGGUGUGUAAGUCCUCCAGAGCUCCGAAACAAGAGCUUCUCCAGCCUCCAAGCUGACAAGUUGCUCUGCCUUGCCUAACACAACAAAACCUGGAUGAAGACUACAGCGUGGGUUCGGGUGCAAUGAAGAUUCAGAUGAUGAUACUUUUACUCAAAACAUCUUUUUACUACUUCUGGGCUGGUGCUUGUAGAGGGAACUUGUUUCUUAAAUGAUUUCUUAAAGCAGCAUAUGAGAUUCAUGU